UUCGUCUGGGGCCGCCGAGAAAGUGCCGGUGACUAAGGGCGCGCUGAAGGCCGCCAGCUGCGCGGCGUCGGCUUUAGCGUCCGGGUCGUUGUGUGUUGACAGGGACGCCAGGAGUUGUCUCCGCUACAGCAGGUGCAGCCGCUUUAGCCCCCGAGCGGACUGCGCGGCUGCCUGGCGACUCUCUGCUCCCUCCCGCCCUGCCUUAUCCUCCGCGGACCCCGCGCCGAACAGUGACGCUGAGCCGACCGCCGGAGGGGCGCGCAAUGGCGGCCUCGACGGCCUCGCACCGCCCCAUCAAGGGGAUCCUGAAGAACAAGAGCUCUGCGACUUCCUCGGUGGUGCCCCGGGCCGAGCAGCCGGGCAGGAGUGUGGACGAAGAGCUGAGUAAAAAAUCCCAGAAGUGGGAUGAAAUGAACAUCCUUGCAACAUACCAUCCAGCAGACAAAGACUAUGGCUUAAUGAAAAUAGAUGAACCUAGCACUCCUUACCAUAGUAUGGUAGGUGAUGAUGAAGAUGUACUGAGUGAUUCAGAACCCACUGAAGCCCUGACCCCAGAUGUCUUAGCUAAGAAAUUAGCAGCUAUUGAAGGCUCAGAGCUAAAGUAUCGGAUUCAUGAACAAGAAAGCAGUGAAGAUGAAGACUGUGACCUCUCACCUGAAGAACAAGAAAAAAAACAGCAGUUUGAAAUGAAAAGGAAGCUUCACUACAAUGAAGGACUAAAUAUUAAACUAGCUAGACAGUUAAUUUCAAAAGACCUACAUGAUGAUGAUGACGAUGAUGAUGAUGAUGAAGAAGAAGAAAUGUUGGAAAUUACAUCUGGUGAAGGCAUGAAUGCAGAAGAAUCAAGUCAAGAACCUGCUACUGGAGAACUACUACAAAACAAUUCACAGAGUUCAUAGAAGAGACUUGCUCAACACUGUUACUGUUUUGUCACAUACAGACCUGUUACUAUAACACACUGCUUCUUGUUCUCUACAGUUUAUGACUUACGUACCAAAAUACAAGUUAUUAUAUAUUGCCAAGAAUUAAAUAACUUUAGAGAUUAAUUAGCCUGAAAA